UGCUGAAGGCAUGGCCAGUCUGCAGUUCCAUGGCGGCAGCGAUGAGAAUGUGGCCUAUGCCGAAAGGGAUCUGGACGUGCAACGGGUGAGACAGCUGUUCGGAGUUCACCUGAAGAUACAAUGGGCAAUUGGGAUGAUGCCUAUGCCGUCGCUCCCCGCCUGGUUGCCCGACUGGCUGCAAUCUCUGCUGCGCCUGUUCACCGUCGGCCAUUGCCUGCUGGUGCUGUCCAUAUCGCUGCAUCUGGGUCUGCUGUUCUCCAAGACGACACUGGAUGCUCUGCCCACGGGCAAGCUGGAGGACAUCACCGAUGCGCUCACCAUGACCAUCAUCUACUUUUUUACGGCGUAUGCCACCAGCUAUUGGUGCUUGCGCUCCAAGCGAAUGUUGCGAUUUCUCGCCCAUAUCAACCAGGGCUAUCGACAUCAUUCGCUCGCCGGCGUCUGUUUUGUAAAUAUGCAUUCCACUUAUCGCUGGUUUCGCAGCUUUACGCUGGUUUGGCUUUCGGCUUGCCUGUCCGGAGUCAUCUCCUGGGGCAUCACGCCUUUGAUGAUGGGCAAUCGGACGUUGCCGCUGCACUGCUGGUAUCCGUUCGAUGCCAUGGACGAACACUUCUAUUCGAUCGUGUAUGCCGUUCAGCUCUAUGGCCAGAUCACUGUGGGCACCGUUUUCGCUUAUGGUGGCUUUAUGUUUGUCUCCCUCUCUUUCCUGCUGCUCGGCCAGUUCGAUGUGCUCUACUGCAGUCUCAAGAAUCUGGAUGCACACGCCAGGCUGCUCGCUGGCGAGUCAGUACAAGCAUUAAGUGUUCUACAGCGCGAGUUGCUACUGGAUGAUGAGACCCAUGAACUUGGCCAAUAUGCGGUGUUGCAUGAGCAUGCGACGGAUUUGCACAGCUUUGUGCUGACACGCAGGCAGCCGCCGCAAAGCCUGACAAAAGCCGCUCAUGGGGCGCUGGUGGAAUGCGUGAAACUUCAUCACUUUAUACUGGGUUGUGCCGCAGAGCUGGAGGAGCUGUUUAGCCCGUACUGCCUGUUCAAGUCGCUGCAGAUCACGUUGCAGCUGUGCCUGCUCGUCUUCGUGGGCGUGUCCGGUUCACGGGAGGCGAUGCGUGUCAUCAAUCAGCUGCAGUACCUGGUCCUGACCACCAUCGAGCUGCUAAUGUUCACCUACUGCGGGGAAAUGUUGCGCCGGCACAGCAUUCGUGUGGUCGAUGCCUUCGGGCGCGGCGCCUGGUGGCAACAUGCGCCAUCCAUGCGCCAAGACUUGCUCAUCUUUCUGGUGAACAGCCAUCGGGCAGUGCAGGUCACAGCGGGCAAGUUCUACGUAAUGGAUAUAACUCGCCUCCGUUUAGUUAUCACGCAGGCCUUCAGCUUUCUGACGCUGCUGCAAAAGCUCGCUGCCAAAAAGCCAGUCGCCGAGGCCUAGAGCCGUGUCCGUGC